GCUGCAAUGAUAGCGACAGGGCGUGCAGUGAAUUGAUACGGUGGAGCUGCAGAGCGUUGUAUAAGAAGGAGCUGCAGGGAGCAGCGUUGAAUUAAACAGGAUCACGUUUCUUCUCUGUGAGCCAAAGAGAAAGGAAGAACUUUGUGCUGGAGCUGUGAUAUCAUAGCUGUUAAAUACAAGUCUCAAGAGCAGCCCUGUGACAGUCUGAACCGCUUGACCACAUCUCAAUGGGAUGCAAGUGAGCUCAGUAGCCUGUAGCAUCACAUCUCUGUUAGCUGGUUGCUGACAUCUGAAUCAGGUUUGGCUGUAUGAAAGCAGGGUUUAAGAAUUAACAAAAUGUUUGGGACAGUGGUGGUUGGAGUUGGAAUCGCUGGCUUAGCACGAAUCCGGGACUUGAUGAAUCCGAUGCCUUCCAGCCCUUCUGAGCACCUGAAACUCUUUGGAUUUGUGUCCAGGAGAAGCUUUGGCAAUAUUAAUGAGGUCAAGCAGAUUAGCCUGGAAGAUGCUCUAAGAAGCAAAGAGAUCCAUGCAGCCUUCAUCAGCACAGAGAACAGAAGCCAUGAAGAAACCAUCAGAAUGUUUCUAGAAGCUGGGAAACAUGUCCUUGUUGAGUAUCCCAUGGCUUUGUCUGCUAAGGCGGCCCAUGAGCUCUGUGAGAUGGCUGAGCAGAAAGAUAAAGUACUUCAUGUGGAGCACAUUGAACUUCUGACUGAAGAGUACAAGCAGCUGAAAAAAGAGGUGGCCGGGAAAGACCUGGUGAAGGGAACAUUGCAUUUCACAGGUAGUGUCCUCGAUGAAAACAAAACAGGAUUCCCAGCUUUCAGUGGAAUUGCCCGACUGACUUGGCUGAUUGACCUCUUUGGAGACCUCACUGUUACCUCUGCCACCAGAGAAAAGCAGAAGGAUAAGAAUUAUUCCAGAAUGACUGUUCACUUUCAGACAGCAAACAAGAAACCUCUGACUUGGAUUGAAGAAAGGGGACCAGGGAUGAGACGUGAAAAGAAAAUCAACUUCUGUUUCACAAGUGGUUGCCUGGAGAACUUCCCUCAAGCCCCGAGGUCUGCUGUGGGCCUUUUUAUGCAGGAUCAGAACCUUUUUGCCAAAAAACUGCUGGGCCAGGUAUCCAAGGAGGAGCUGGCUGCUGAGAAGUGGCGAAUUUUGCGGUGUCUUGACCUUGCCGAGGAGAUCCAGCAGCACUGUGAACAGCCAGAGAGAAUCCGUUCCUGAGACUGCGCUUAGGGAAGGAGGAACAUGACAGAAGGGAAAGCUGUAGGGCGAGAGCUCACUGUUGCCAUCAGGCAGUUGCUAUUUCUGUUUCAUUACCUUCUUUUUGCCUAGCUGUGAUUCCUAGGCUCUCUGGGUGGGCUGGAGAGUCUGGGCUGUACCCUGUGCCUUCUGGUUUGUGCCAACACAAAGCAACGUUACCUUGCUUCAGUGCAUUGCUGUCCUUCCAGGCAGGUAGGAACCUAGCAGCAACAAGCUUUCCUGUGACUUGGCUGGAAAUGUCCCUGAGAGCAUAUACUGGAGGACUGCAAACACUAGAUAUGAUUUUCCCUCAUGAGUUCUCAUCUCCCCCCUGACAUGUCUUACAAUGAGGUAUGUCUCAUUUAGUAGUAUUACCUAGAAAGAAGUAUUAGCUAGAAUGAUGUUCUAGGUGAGUUUUCCACCUCUUUACCUGAUCUGCAGAACUUGGGCCACCACAGUCCCAACCUUUUCUUCCAGAUACCCCACAUUGUUCUAUGUAUUUGCUCUAGUUAGUUGUUUUGCCUAUUUAGGGGGGUUUGUUGGUGUUUUUGUUGUUUGGGUGUUGUUUUUUUUUCACAGUGGAAAUCAUUUACCUUCAAAUAGAAUCAAACCAGAACAGAAGAAAUACCUUGUCUCUUAAUAGAUGCCAUGUUGAGUUCACUCAAUUUCAGUGGUGCCCUGUGCCAACAUAGAAAUCUUUUCCCAGCAGAAAUGAGAACAGUGCAGAAAUGAGAACAGUACAUUAAACUAAUGCAUCACAUGGCUGCUUUCUACUGAAUUUAAAUACUUUUCUGGAAGCAGCAGAUUACUGUCCUUCAUUUGUGUUCUGUAUCUAAGUCAGCAUGUGAGUGGAUGACUGCAAAAAAUAAUAUACAUCCAACUCUCAAGGAAAAAAAUAACUACUGCGCUCCUGGAAACAGUGAAAUUACUUAGAAAUAGUGAUAAAAUUAGAAUAGGACUAUAGAAAAUGGAGUGAUUUGCAAAUAUAGCCAUGCAGUUAUGUUGUGGCUUAACCCUAGCUGGCAACUAAGCCCCACACAGCCAUUUGCACUCUCCCCUGGUGGAACGGAGGAGAUAAUCAGAAGGGCAAAAGUGAGAAAACUUGUGGGUUGGCAUGAAGGCAGUCUAAUAAGCAAAGCAAAAGGUGUGCACACCAGCAAAGCAAAACAAGGUAUUGAUUCAUCCCUUCCUAUGGUCACCAGGUGCUUGGCCAUCUCCAGGAGAGCAGGGCUUUGUCACAUGUAAUAGUUACUUGGGAAGACAGAACACCAUCACCCCAAACAUCCACCUCUUCCUUCUUUUUCCUGCACCUUUUAUUGCUAAGUGUGAUAUCUUAUGGUCUGGGAUAUCCCUUGGGUCAGUUGGGAUCAGCUGACCCAGCUGUGUCCCCUCCCAACUCCUUGUGUACCCCGCGCCCACUCACUUGGUGGGGUGUGUGAGAAGCAGAAAGUGUGUGUACGUGCUGCUCAGCAAUAACCAAAACAUCCCUGGGUUAUCAAUGACGUGUCCAGCACAAAUCCAAAACACAAAUCCAUACCAGCUACUAGGAAGAAAAUUGCCCCAGUGAGACCCAGGACAGGUUAUGGCAUAUGACACCUGUGAGGCGUUUUAUAGUAGUCCCAAGGUGACAUAUGAAGACAUUAUCACUUCCCUAAAGAAGCAUUUUAGUUUUAGGAGAAGCCUAAACAGUGCACAGAACUCUUAACAGUUCCUUUGUUUGCCUUUUGCUUUCUAAUUUCAUCUGUUGGUGCUAUAUUCAUAUAGCAGCAGGCUUCAGCCUGUGCAGUUGUUCUUUCAGACACAGAACCACUAUUUCUCUCUCAUGUUGUUACUUGGGCAAUUUUAAAUUAGGGCACAUAGAUGUUGUGAAUGGCUACAGAAUUACAGCCAGUCAAUAUUGAUGGGGAAGAAAGUUUUCCUUUGGGUAAAUAGUGUUCAUUCAGAAGCUGACUACAGUUCAGUUACUUAGAGAAGGUGAGAGACUCCGUGUUAUUUUCCCCUAUCAGUCAGAUUUAGGAGCAACUGGAACUUGAUAUGUGAAUGGAUUCAGCAUGUGAAAUUCGUUUAAAGCUACUCCUUUGUUUAAAUCAGUGAAAACCUUUCUAUUGACUUCAAUGGGUUGAAAUGUGUGGUUUGGCAGCAGGUCUGUGCAGGCAGUUCAUGCACUUGCCUACCCAAAUGGACACUUACCGAGCAUUCACAGGGACUUCUUUAUCAAUGUGAUGGACAUUGCCUGGGUAGAUCUGAUGCUGUAGGAAGGGGAAAAUGUGGGUUUGUGGUAAAAUGGGAUUGGAAUCUCCAAUCCCAUUUCAUUCCAGUCUGGGAUUGGAAUGAAUUUAGUUAUCUGCUGUGUGUAUAUCUGCUAUGUAUAACAGCACAAGAGGAGCUGUUUCUUGACAAACUCUUCAGUUGCAAAUACGGGGUGAACACCACUUAUUUACACACUAAUUCACAACAGGUAGCUAGGGAGGGAGAGCAAAGGACUUACACUCCCCAUCUGCAGGCAUCAAAAUUAGCCACCACGUUUCCCAGGGUGCACUCUGCAUCGGUGGCGAGAGCAGUAUUCCUCUACGGAAUGAAGAAUAAAUUCAGGGGAACGCUGCAGAGCAGCAGUGUAACAUUGUGCAGUGAAUCACUCUCUGGAGAAGCUUGUUUCCAUAGAGAGUGCCUGGGGAAAUUAGCUGGUUAAUUGGAGCUAGGGAAGGCAGAUGUCUUAGAGCUGUAUAGCCCCCGCUCUCCUCCACCCCCCUCCCCUUCCUCCCAGCUAACCUGCUUGCAUACUGCUCUCUGCCCUGCUCCUGGGAGCCUGUAGCUUUCAAAUGGCUUUUCCUUCAGCCCUUUGACUUUGCUGAGGUGCUGUCGUGGUUUGCAUACAAGACCUGCCGGAUGUCAAGCUUCAAAUACAUGUUGUUCAACCAGAUGUUGAGCUCGCCAAUAAAAUAUUGGAGCUCUUAAUCAUU